UUAUGGAUCUUGGGGCGGUGGGUUUGGAUAGGUUGGUAGGUUCAGACACUGGAUUUGUUUCUCUUGCUACAGAUCCUGAAACAAAGCACAAGUGGUACGGAUAUGGGUUCCUUAAGCAGGAAAGAUCUGGCACCACUGAAGAUGACUGGAGGAGCUCCAAACUGGCUAAGACUGAUGAUAUCUCUGCCUCCAAAGCAAUGUUGUUUCAUCACAGAAACUCUUUACUGAGAUCUAAUGGUAUUCUCUUUUCUGAUGGUCAGCCCCAACAGCAAAUGCUGAGCUUCUCUUCUCCAAAAUCAGAACCUUUGUUUGUUGACAAGACCUCCCCGAAUGCCACAUUUCCAUAUUCUUUCCACCCAUUAUCUAGUUACAACAAGAAUACAGGUUACAGUUCUGGAAGCAUGCAUGGGGUUUUAGCGGGGACAAGAGAGCCAUUCACUCCAUCCCAGUGGAUGGAGCUAGAACAGCAGGCCCUGAUCUACAAGUACUUAACAUCAAAUGUUCCUGUACCAUCUCAUCUUCUCAUCCCCAUCAAGAAAGCGCUUGAAUCUGCCGGAUUCUGUAACUUUUCAAACGGUCUUUUGAGACCCAAUGCCAUGGGAUGGGGAGGUUUCCAUCUGGGGUUCUCGAACAACACCGAUCCUGAGCCAGGAAGGUGUAGGAGAACAGAUGGGAAGAAAUGGCGGUGCUCGAGAGAUGCCGUUGUGGAUCAGAAGUAUUGCGAGCGGCACAUGAACAGAGGACGUCAUCGUUCAAGAAAGCCUGUGGAAACUCCUACAAAUGCCACCACCACCGCUUCAAACCUCAUCAUGACUAGUAACAAUGCUUCCUCCCUAGUGGUGCCCGGAUGCACUGCAUCCAACAGCCUCACCUUUUCACAACAGGAACCCAAGAAUAUUCACCCUCUUGCAUCUGAUACUUCUGCGCCUAACAACAUCAACAGGAUGUUUAUGAAUAACAAGGAUAAUGGGAGCGAGAGAAUCGCAGACACUGAUGCCCUUCCAAUGCUCCCCCCAAAGGAAAACCCUUUUAUAAUUCAUAAACAGCAAAUUCGAUAUGAAGAAUCCUCAAGGAAUGAGUUUGGGCUUGUCCCUUCUGAUUCUCUACUUAACCCUUCGCAGAAAAGUUCCACCUUGCUAAGCAGCAGAAGCUUCGGUUCUACACAAAACCAAACUAACGAAGAAACUGGUUCGCAACAUUCCCUUAGGCAUUUCAUUGAUGACUGGCCCAAAACUCAGUCUAAUGAUCGCUCAGGUGUUUCGUGGCCUGAGCUUGACAUACAAUCAGAGAGGACCGAAUUAUCAAUUUCAAUCCCAAUGAUUUCCACAGACUUCAUGUCAGCUACUUCCUCUCCCACCAAUGAUCAAGUCACAUUGUCGCCUCUUCGGCUAUCAAGGGAGUUAGACCCAAUUCAAAUGGGUUUGGGUGUUGGAAAUGCUAUCAACGAGUCAAACAGUAGACAGGCUAAUUGGAUUCCAAUUUCUUGGGGGAGUUCUAUGGGUGGUCCUCUUGGAGAGGUUCUGAAUCUUAGCAAUAACAAUGCAAGUGAUCAUUGUGUCAAGAACUCCUCUGCUCUCAACCUCAUGACUGAUGGAUGGGACAAUAGCCUUUCAUUAGGGUCUUCUCCCACUGGGGUUUUGCAAAAGACAGCAUUUGUAUCAGUAUCUCUAUCCAAUAGCAGUGCUGGGAGUAGUCCAAGGGCAGAGAAUAAGACUCAAGAAUGAGCUAGCUUGUGCAACAAGUCCAAUAACCUCCUCAGUUCAACUCUAUAGAAGCUCCUUCCCCUUUAAUGAUGAAAGCCCGUGGAGUUGAAGGAGAAACAACUUUUUCUGUGCUGACUUUAUUUAUAUGUUCAGUUUUUGUUGC